UGCACCUUUGACUUGAACAUCGAGCUUUCUCAGACUGUGCCGGCGGUCCAUCUCUCCGUCAAUUUGCGCCUCAGCAGCGCUCCAUACUGCCAGUAAUGCCCGUAAAUGAGGCUGGCGAAGGACCAUCAACAACAGCCGCCAGCGAGACGGACAAACAUGCUGGGCUGGGGCAUGCGAACGCAAUUACAAGACUUCAGCAAGAAGCCAUGGCGUUCCGUCGGCGAACGCUCAGAAACAUCACCACGGACUUCACGGUAGCGGCGAAACAACUCCAGCCUGGCGAGCUCGUCAAGGAUGAAUUCUUUACGCUUUUCGAGGCUGUUGGUGCUCUUGAGAUCAUGGAUCCCAAGAUGGAUAGCGGAUACAUCCCUCCUGGCGAUACGCUUGACCCCGACUUCGACCCUUCAGUGGGUUUGGAAGCCGGCGAAGUCAUCUGGAUCAUGGACCAACUGCUAUGUCUCGAGAUCACUUGGCUCGAAGGCCACCCACUGUCUCAAACGGUCUACACAUCAUUACAUAUCAACCGACUACUCUCGCCUGAUCAAAGGCACUCCGACUCAUUCCACAUCAACCCUGGACCGCCGCCGCUCCGCACCAACCAGGAUACUCUCGUACAUACCGUCUUACGGGCGUACUGCAUAGGAAUGAUCAAAUCCAGUCAAUUGGCUCUGCACUUGAUUCAAAGCCAGACUUACUUUGAGGAAGAGGACUUUGUUACGCACCUCUUCGGCCGUGAACUGCUGCCCAAGAUAGACUCUUCUGCUGCUGCGGAUUCACUCCUUGAAGCAAUAUGUUGGCUGGAGACUUGUGGUAUCGCGGGCGGUCUAUGCCCGGCGCUCCUUCAGAGAUGCAAGUUUUGCCUCGACCUCCUGCGGACUCUGGCUGGAGAUGCGCAGAGAUGGCAGGAUAUGCUACUAGACCUUGACCAGAUCAAAGACAGCCAUCACCUGGGAAGUCCCAUUCCAGAUGCGUUUUCUGAAAAAGUACAGCGGCAAUUAGCCACCUCAACGCCGCCUCGUCCUACGAUACAGAUAUCUCUUGACGCUGCUCAUAGCAAGUGGACGAAGCUUUGUCAGGAGAUGCUAUCGGCAUAUGAACUGACCGACUCCGAUGCCAUUGACAACUCCCAUUGCCUGGAAAGAGCGGUAUGGGCGUUUGCCUACCGUACUCAACCCGAAACCCUCGCACGAGCACAAAUGCAAGACCUCCUCUUCUCCAACCACGCCGUGCGAGGCCAAAUGCCUCACUACGACCUGAUGCUCACAGACCUGAAAAGCCUGGUGCUUGCCGGCGACCCCCUGUCCAACCCCGAAAUCUUCCAGAUCGAACUCCCCACCGAUCCACGGCACGCAUGUAGUGCCCUACUACGAGAAUUCAUGGAGAAAGCGAUCGAAGAGUUCAUGGCGCUGUAUCGAAUGGUGUACCAAAAUCGAUGCAGGAUCCGUCGACUCUUCACGCAGUCCAUCGGCAUCUGGGACGAGCUGCAGCGGGAAGCGGACGCCAUUGACGACGGCUUGAGACAGUAUCCCCUCUCGUCGCAAGUGCUGAAUUCCGGCUAUGCGCGAACCAAUGGGCCGCUGCUUUCCUGGGCACGAUAUCACACCUCUCAAGUGUUGGUCUGGACGGUUCAGCUCGGCUUCGAAACAGAGAUAUAUCUCCCCGACGAGCUGAGCAAGAUGUACUGGUAUCUGUCCGCAUUGUGCACGUACCGGAACCUCGUCAUCGAAUCAAUGCUGCGCGCCCUGCUCGAGCGAAAAAGGAGGGUUCGCGGCGGCUCAAGAGAUGCAGCUGAUUGUGUGGCGUCACAGCAGCUUCUCAUGAGUUUGCUGGACGCUUCAAAAGUCACAGAGUCUCUUGCUGCCGCUCUGUGGAAAUUCUACUACCUGUUGGGCCAAACGGGCAUCAUCAAGUCGCCGAAACGGGAAUUCGCAAAGCCGGAUCUACUGCACGAAGCGCGGAUGAAGUCUUACUUGAAUGUACCCGCGGGAUUCGUUACGAUCGAUCUACCACCUGCAGACGGCUACGAAUCCGCGGUCGAAGCACUAGAGCAGCAUCAGACGGGAUCCCACAGUAUGAAAACGACCACGUUCCAAGCCAUUGACGAAGACCUCAAAGCAGCCAAGUCUUCUCUGGCAGCGUUGAAGAAGUACACGCCAGAGCAAGGCGGGUACGUGGGCACGGAAGCGGAGUGGAAGAAGGAGAUCAAGCAAAUCGAGACGACGUGUGUCGCUGUGGCUGUGGGCUUGUCGACCUUGAAGAGAUUGGGGGAGAAGUAUGGAGAUGGACAACGGCUGGGGCUGCAAGGGUUGGUGGAGUGCGCAUUGGAGAGGAAGUAUCACGUUUGGUGGGUGAUUCCGCAAUUAAAAGAGAAGGCAGCGAAGUAAAUGAAUGAACUGUGU